AUAAAUACGUAGGAAAGAGUAAGCUGUAAAGUAUUUAAUAAGAAGCACGGUCUCUCAUUCGUUAUAGCGACUACAGGGCAUCUGCGCGGCAGGGCCGCAGGUAUUUCUUUAUGCCAAGUGAAAGCGCGUGGAUAUCGAUCAUAUAAAUAGAAUUGUUUGUCUACGCGGAGAUGCGGCCCUAUAUAGGAGGAGUUAUUUUUGAGUGCUGUAUCGUGACUCGUUACAGUUCUGCGUUUAGUUCUACGGGGUUUUAGCCGCGACCAACAGUGCGACGGUUUUUCAUGUGCUGUGUCAUAUAAUAGAACAAAGAAACUGAGAUGCAAUUAAUUUGAUAUUCGUUACAUGUGUAAAUUUAUACACAAAAGAAGGAGAACGGAUUGUAAGUUAAUCCUAAGUGAAAAAUUGCUUUCUUCUUCAAAAAGAUAAUAAUCAUUUUGUUGGAUUGAUUUUUGGGUAAUAUAUCAAUCACGGUUUCGAAUCACUGAAUAGAGAUUGACAAUGUUCAGUUCAUUAAGGCUGGCGACGAUGCGUUCGCAUAAAAGCCGAACUAGACCAGGAAGCGUCGCCACAUCUGCAAGUUCCGAUUCCACAAGAGCUGAAGAGAUGCUCACACAAAUACAAUACCACCCUCACAGUUUUCUACUGCUAGAUGACCAAGAGACAUGCACGAGCAGCACAUUAUCAUCGCUUUCCAACGUUUCAUCAAAGGUCGCUCAAGUGAGGGUGGAGCGUGAGGACGGUAGUCUCGGUGUGACUCUCCGCGGAGGGAUGUCGAGAGCUUUGAUAGUAACAGGAGUUAAGGCCGAUGGUCCAGCUGCCAAGGAAGGCAGAGUCAGACCUGGUGACCGAUUGUUGGCGGUGGACGAUACUGAAUUGCGAGGAUUAACUCUGGCAGAGGCACAGCGAGCGCUUAAAAGAACCUCAGACACACCGACCGCAUCUCUCACGAUUGAAUACGAUGUUGCAAAUAUGGAGGAGACACGGGCGGCCACGUCAGGUCCAUUGCUUGUUCAAUUGGAACGUGGCCUUUCAGGAGAACUUGGUUUAACGGUAAGGGAGACAUCAAAUGGAGUCUACAUCGAUAGCCUUCGUCCGGCGAGCACAGCGGAUCGCUGCGGUGCGUUACAGGCGGGGGAUAGGCUGUUAGCCGUGGACGAUGUACCUGUUCAAGACGCGGUGACCGCUGCCAAGCUACUCAGAAAUAAUUCCGAGAGCUGCCGCAUUGCUAAAUUGCAGAUAUUACCGCGAUCGCCAAGCGCGAAAACAGUUAAAAGAAAAGCGCAACCGCAGACCCAACAAAGCUCGAGUCAGACUCUGCAGAUGAAGGAGAGUUUAACGGUCGUUCUCCGUCCGGAUCAUCGAGGUUUCGGACUUGCGCUUAAGUUAGCCGAGGAUUGCAUGAAUUAUGUAGUGAGUUUAUUGGAACCUGGCGGUCCGGCGGAACGAAGUGGCAUCCUUUUACCUGGCGAUAAAGCCAUCGCAAUCAACCGGAGAAUGUUACGUGAUUUGCAACAGUCCGAAGUAGUCAACAUAUUGGAGACAUCGCAAAUGAUCGAGUUAGUGAUAGAGUACAAAGUGGGUGGAUCGGUGGUGCCAAGUUCCGGAGUCUUCACAGUGAGAGUAGCCAGGCCAUUAGGCGGUCAACCUGAUCUAGGUCUAACGGUGAACGAGGAUCUAGUAAUCACAGAAGUUCGCCGAGGAUCACUUGCUUAUCGAACUGGCAGUUUAGCAUCAGGUGAUAGACUGCUCGCAAUAGAUGGACAAAAAUUGGAUCCCGGGGACUUGAGACAAGCUGCUCAAUUGUUGCAUCGACCAGGCGAUUCGGUGGUUGCUUUAACUAUUAGAAAACCAGAUCCUAAUGCGGAAAUAAGAGAUUAUUGCAGAGAGCCCAAUGUAGGAAGCGAUACAGUUCAGGCGCAAUUUUUGAACGGUGCGUUACGCUCAACCAGAGAGAGUCUUCCUAGUGUGGACAGCGCAGUAGAUUCCUGGGGUGAAUUGGGAGAUAACAGCGGUAUCAUGCCGGAAAUAUUAAAACUUUGGGACACCGCCUCUACAGACAGUGGACAAUUAGAUUUAUCAGUACCAUCUUAUCCGGGAAAACGGGCGAUAUCUCAGCAUGGCUUUUCGCUCGGUGGGACCUGUGUGAGUUUCCGUUAUUGCAACGCACAACCAAACAUUCGUGGGUUAUCAAGCUACUCACCGCUACUCAGCUCGAGAAGCCGCAUUACGUCGUCUUCGCUCUGCAGGCUGGUCGGAAGAAACGUCAUGCUUGAGGAUACGAGCCGAUUUGACUAUUGUAAUUGACAAAUGUAUCUAAACUCGGAAUGUUAUCCGUAUGACGAUAUGAAUCUGGAUUUCGAAAAAAACAAAUGGUCAAUUCUGUACACGCGUUUCUGUAAGGACCAUUAUGGAUACAAUAAUCUUAAGCCGAAUCAAUCUGUCAUGACUUUUCGACGACAAAAAGGUCCGUUUGUGAUUAUUGAUCGACCAGUGUUGUAAAUGAUCUUGAUCAAAUGAUCUAGAUCAUUAAUCUAGAUCAACUUCUAUUGAUCUAGUAAAGAUCUUUUUUUUACGAUAAUUUUUGAUCUGAUUUAGAUUUUUUAGAUUAUAUGAUCUUGAUCUAUACAAAAAGUAGAUCUUUUUAUUACUUGACUCGAAUGACUUUAGAGGGUCUCUAUCUAUACUGUAACCUCUACCCUAGGUCUGUUUUCCUUUUAGAAGACACAAGCGACACUUUUGACACAAAUCGACACACGUCGCUUUACAUUUAGAAUUUUAUUCAAACUCAAUCGACACUCUUCGACUCUGCUUGGGAGGAGAGUUAGAGUGUGUUUUUUGACUAGGACGUCAGGUUAGCAUGCGCACAAGCGUAAACACGUAUAUGUUGGUAUCAUUCGUUAUGUGCGGUGCGAUAUGCUUUAUGCGAACAAUCUCGAUAAAGAAAAAUAA